AUGCUACCAUCGACGGGAUAUUUUAAGGGAAUAAAUUGUCCUUUCUACGAUAGUGGUAUCUGUGAACGACCCUAUUGUCAUUUUCGUCAUGUUAAAAAAGAAACCAAUAAUAUUUCUGGAGACGGGAUAGAGAGCGGAAAUGCACUUUUAAAGCUUGUAUCCGCUGCCGUCCAAAAGGUUCUUCAACAAACGGACUCUGCAGCGGGAUCGUCGUCGCCGAACAAUACAUUCGAAACCGAAGGCGUUCAAUGCUUACCAGCUUCGUCGAAAGUUACUUACAAUCCCACUCCAAUAGCGGAACUCAACAAAAUUAAUAGUGAACCUGAAGUCGGUGAGGAAAUCAAUGAACAAAAACGAAGACAUAUUCCACACCAGUUUUUAUACACACCAGGUUCUGAAAGUGCUCCAGAUCCAUACUCACCACAAGGCUCAACAGAAUCAAAGGAAAAAUAUUUGCCAGGUGUUGAAAUAGCAGUACAAGAAUACGCACCAAAAGAAACACAGAACUCAAACUCCAAAGUUAACUAUAUACCUUCAGAUAAAAAUGUAAAUAAGAAGAAACUGUUAGAAUAUAAACCUACCAAAGUUAAAAGCCAACCGUCUUCUGUGACAUACCAACCGACACCUAGAUCGCUAGUUCCUUGUUUUUCUAGUGAUGAAGAUGAACCUGAUACUAAAAAAAGAAAACUGUCCACUGACCUUAAUGGAUUGGAUGAAUUAGGACCAGAAUUUGAUAUAUUAGAUCAAAUUUUAGAUGAAGAAAAAUCAGAGAGUUCCAAUAAUCUUAAAAAUGAUUCUUCAAUAGAAUGUAAGGAGAAUAAAAAGAGUUUAGAAGUAAAUAGUAGUCAUAAGGAAAAAGAUAAUAAAAGUCAUAGUAAAACUGAUAAAAUUGAUAAAGAAAAAUCUAAUAAAGAUAAAUCUGAAAAGAAACCUGACAAAGUAGAUAAAACUAAGAAGAAAGAAAAAAGUGAAAAGUCUGAUCAUAAUGGAAAAGACUGUAAACACAGGAGUUCUAGUACCGAUAAGAAAAGUUCCCACAAAAGUUCCAGUCACGAUAAAAAGAGACAUAGUAGCAGUGAAAGUAAGUCAGAAAAAAGAUCAAGUUCGAAAAGUUCAAGCAGUAGUUCAAAGCAUUCAAGAAAUGAUUCAUCGAGGCAUUCUAAACAUAGUUCUAGUGAUAAAAAAGAUAGCAAGAAAAGUAAAAGUAAUAACAGUCACCAUAAAACACAUAAACAUUCUAAGGAAUCUAAGGACAAGAAAGACAAACAUAAAAAGCACAGUACGAAGAGCAAUUCAGAAGACGAUGACCAGAAAUAUGAAGACCUCAUUGAAGAUAUUGAUGAUGUGUCCGAGCCAGAUGAAGAUGAUAUUGCUUUAGAAUGUAAAAGAAUUUUUGAGGAAUAUGUUCCAACUGAAAAACCAGAAACAAAAGAUGAACCCAAUGAACCUGAUGUUUCAAUGACAGAAAAUGAUGAGUAUAUACCAUCAAAGAAAAGGGUAUCAAGAACUGUAGAUAAAAAUAUCAGAGUGACUCCUAAAGCCCCAAUAAGACCAGAUUUCAAACUUAAUGCAGCUCAAGCCAUGGCAGAACGACUUGCUAAAGUGAGAGAAUUUCAUGCUAAAAAUGCACCUGAAACAACUACUCCUGCAAGCAAUCCUAAACCAGAUUCAAAACCAUUUGUACCACCUGUAACUAAUCAUUCCAAAAUUAGAAUAGCCCAUGUCCCUUACGCAUCAACCAUGUUGACUGCAAAAAAGAUUAUUCCCCCUAAACCUAGCUCUGCAUCAAAUAAUAAUCCUUCGACAAGCUGUACAGUGACACAAACAGUGAAAAAGGGGGCUCAAAGAGUUGCCCACUUACCCAGUGAGAAGUUUAUAGAUAGGCCAGGAGUACUUGAACCUUUGGGAUCAAAAAUACCAGUUAACAUUAGAUCAACAUUUUUAAACUUGAUGAUAGAUAAUUGCUUGAAUAUUUAUUUACUACCAUCUGAUGCUUAUGCAAGGGCACAAAACGAAGAAUUGACAACAAGCAAAAAGUGUUCUUCAGUACCUAUUUAUAAAAAUUCAGCAGUCCUUGCUAUCAGUAGAUUGAAAAAGGAAGUCAUAGAAUGCAAUGGGGUAAAGAAAUCUGGUAGUGAUAGUUCAGGAGCUAAACUUGUACAGGGUACAGUUACGAAUGCAGCUAGUGCUGGCUCCUGGAGUAUUGAAAAUAAACAUAAAAAGAAUUUUGAAGACUCUAGACAAUUUGUUGGUGCUUACUUGUAUAACAAUAUUAAGAAGUGGAUAUUAACUGAUGAGCAGUUAAAAGAGAAUGGUUUUCCUAGACCACAUAGUAACGGGGAGAAGGGUAGAGCUAUUAUAUAUGGACAAAACAAACAAAAACCUCCUAAAGGUUUUAUAAGGACUUGUUGUAGAUGUAAACAAGAAUAUACGGUAGACAAAAAAGGUUUUCCUGUUAUAAAACAAGAUUGCAUUUAUCAUCCCAAUAACAAAUACAGGUUUCGGGGUGAGGUUAAAUAUCAAUGUUGCAGCCAAGACGAGUCAUCUGAUGGUUGUUGUAUAGCGUCAACUCAUGUUUAUGAAUAUGUAGACUUUGAAAACUUAAAAGGUUAUGUUAAAACACUACCGCCGGAGACUGUGAUGGACGAUUAUGGCGUUUAUUCACUAGAUUGCGAAAUGUGUUACACUACCCAAGGCCUAGAUUUAACAAGGGUUACAGUAAUCAAUAGCGCCUGUAAAGUAGUGUAUGAGACACUUAUUAAACCCCUCCAUCCCAUCAUAGAUUAUAACACAAGGUAUUCUGGCAUAACCGAGGAACAAAUGGCCAAUGUUAAAACUACACUUCUUGAUGUCCAAGCAACACUACUUACAAUGUUCAAUAGUAAAACUAUAUUAAUAGGCCAUAGUUUAGAAUCUGAUUUCAAAGCCCUAAAAUUGAUUCAUGAUACAGUAAUCGAUACAAGUGUGCUAUUUCCUCAUAAAAUGGGUCCUCCAUACAAAAGAGCAUUGAGAAAUUUAUCAUCCGAGCAUUUGAAGAAGAUUAUCCAGAACUCGGUUGAUGGCCAUGACAGUGCGGAGGAUGCUACAGUGUGUAUGGAACUUUUGAUGUACAAAGUUAAAGAGGAUUUAAAAACAAGGUGA